UUAUUAAUAAAUUAAUAUCUGUAUUUUCAAAAAUCUAUUAAAUUUACUAAUAAAUUCAGCAGUAAAAACACAGAGCCACAAAGCUUACUGUUAGCCUUUUCAGAGUGUAUGAGAUGAGAGAGAGGGAAAGGAAGGGACCAACACAUAUAAACAGAGGAGACUGAGAAGUGAAGUUGAAGACUAACAGAGUAUUUUUUUCCAUUUUUAGCACAGAAAGCGAAGCUUCUCUUUCCCUCAUUAUUAUUGCUCACCUUCUUUGCUUCACUUUUCUCUCACUAUUCUCUUCUUCUGUGCUGAGUUGCUAUCCCCACUUCUCCUUUUUUUCUAUUACAUAUUACAUUCUCAAAGCACACGAAACCAACAAAACAAAGUUUAAAAAAAAAGGGAAAUCAAACUAGAGAAGGAAAUGGAUUUCGAUCUUGAAAAUCCAUUGACAAGCUUGAAAGAACACCAAUUUGAUACUAUCCCAGAUCUCUUUGCCUCUGAAACUGACCAUAUGCCUUCAAGAAACUUGUUAAAAUGCUUGAAAACUUGUGACUUCUAUUCCUCUUUUCGUCAAGAAGCUAUUUCUCUUGUUUUACAGACACAGUAUUCUUGCAACUUCGAGCCUUUUCUUGCUUACCUUGCCAUUAAUUACGUGGAUCGUUUCAUAUCCAAGCAAGAAAUUCCGCGAGGAAAGCCAUGGGUUCUGCGGCUUCUCGUAAUAUCUUGCCUUUCUCUGGCAGCGAAGAUGAAGAACACCCAUUUUUCACUCUCUAACUUACAGAGGGAAGAAAGUUUCAUCUUCGACAUGCAAACGAUUAAUCGAAUGGAGCUUCUAAUCCUUGAUGCUCUGAAUUGGCGAAUGAGAUCCAUAACACCUUUCUCUUUCAUGCAUUUCUUCAUUUCUUCAUUUGAACUCAAAGAUCCAGCAUUAACACAAGCGUUAAAAGAUCGAGCUACAGAGAUUCUUUUUCAAGCUCAUAAUGAAAAAAAGUUACUAGAGUUCAAGCCAUCAAUUAUUGCAGCAUCAGCUCUUCUUGUAUCUUCCCAUGAAUUAUUCCCAUUGCAAUUUCCUUCUUUCAGAUGUUCAAUUUCUUCUUGUGAAUGUGUAAAUAGAGACCAGCUGCUAAAAUGCUUUAAUGCUAUACAAGAAAAGGUGGAAAUGGUAUGGUACGAGUCAAUGAUAGAUACAGUUUCGAGCACAAGAACCCCAUUGAGCGUCCUGGACAGGCAUUGUAUCAAAUCAGAAAGUGAGACUACAAGCGUCGCUGCCACUGCAUUGCCAGAGAAGAGAGAAAUCAAGCGGCGGAAAACUAUUGGCUAAUAUAGCAAUUGACAGCAUGGUCCAGCUUAGUUUCACAGAUUCAAGCAGAGGAGAUAACUCUGCUUCGGGGGUAACUCUGCAAUUGGGCAAUUUCUCAAGCGCCAUAACAGAACCCACAGAAAGGUAGCUGCGCUUUGCAAUGAGUAGAAAAAAAAAAAAAAAAGAGAAAAAGUAUAAAAAAGAAUUCAUUUGGGUCAACAGAGAUUUGAAAUUUAUUUAACUUCUCAAUGUUUAUGUCUCUGGAUGAUAACUAUUUAACUACUGAUUUUAUGCGCAAUGAAACAGGAAAUUGAGCACUGAUCUGUUAGUCAAUGAAUUAUUGGGAAGCAAAAAAAAAAAAAAAAAAGAACAAGAAA